CGCCGCCGCCGCGCACCGGCAGGUUCUGCUCCGCGGGCGCCGCAGCGGCGCGGCGCCAGGACGCUGCCCGGACUCCCGGUGCCGCCGCCAUGAAGAUCUGGACCUCGGAGCACGUUUUCGAUCACCCCUGGGAAACGGUAACAACAGCUGCCAUGCAGAAAUACCCAAACCCCAUGAACCCCAGUGUGGUUGGAGUCGAUGUCCUGGACAGACACAUAGACACCAGCGGGAAGCUGCACAGCCACAGACUCCUCAGCACAGAGUGGGGAAUACCCUCCAUUGUGAAAUCGCUCAUUGGCACAUGCAGGACAAAGACAUACGUUCAGGAGCACUCUGUCGUUGACCCAGUGAAAAAAACAAUGGAGCUUAAAUCCAGUAAUAUUUCAUUCACAAACCUCGUGUCAGUAGAUGAGAGGCUUGUCUAUAAACCACACCCUCAUGAACCAGACAAAACCAUUUUGACACAAGAAGCAAUAAUAUCUGUAAAAGGUGUCAGUCUCAGCAGUUACCUAGAAGGGCUAAUGGCAAACACAAUUUCUUCCAAUGCUAAUAAAGGCCGUGAAGCGUUGGAAUGGGUCAUUAACAGACUGAAUGCUGAAAUAGAAGAGUUCACAGCUUCAGAGAGGAACCAUGAGGAAUUCAAUGGCAGCAGCAGCAUUUGUAGAGAAAUGACAAUAAAUGUACCUGUGUUACUAAGGAGAUUUAACAACUUGAGCUUUUCUCCAAUCCUAAAUACAUGUAUCCUUUGUUAUUUAAAGGCAUACCUGUGUCUUGGGCGUGUUUGAAAUGAAACGUGGAGAAAAGCUGAGUUGGUGUUGAUGAGGCUGGUGCACAAAGCCUGGCUAACAGAUUGGUUCAGCUGGCCAGAAUUUCAGUUACAGAUGAAGAAAUGAUUUUCAAGUAUAGUUCCUGUAUUUACAUGAACACUAACUUAUAACAUUUUCAUAUGGUGGAGGAGACUGCCAUAUUAAGUUAACUUCUGUGGAAUUUUUAGUUUUGUGUGACUGAUGGACUACCUCUUUUGGGACCAAACCCAAAAUUAAACAGAAUGGUUUGUUCCAGCAUUGUUCUGUUUGUUAAUUUUUAACAGUUGUGUGAUACAACUUGGUUUAACAGAAAGUUUAUUACUUGAUGCUUGAAAUAUAAAAAGAAUGUACAAAAUAUUUUUAGACAAAACUUUUUAACUUGUUUGGUUGAGCUAACAUGGUACUCAAGCUGGUUUUUUUCAGUCAAUAUAGGUAAAACAUAUGAAAUGUCUUUUAUCUACUAAGACCUAAAUUCUAUUCCUAGAUGCAACAUUCAUGAGCUGGGCAGGCAGUAACUUGAAAUGAAAUUUUGUCUUAAACUUCUAUAAUAAGUACCUCUGUUUCUAAAAGCCAGUUAAAUAAAGGGGCCCAGGAAGCAUAAGGGUUUAAAAUCUUGCAAGCUGACAGGGCAUCUAAGAAUAGUAGGAGUUCACUUCAGAAUUUCAAAGCACUUCUUAAAGGACUACACUUUUGUGAAGCUGGCUAAACAGUUACCUGGACAUAAGAGGAAGUAAUGUUAAAGAAUGCUAAUGAUAUCCUCAUUAACUAGAUUUUGCUCCAAAAAUAACCUGUUCCAUCAGCUGAAUAUUGUGUUGUCCUUUUAAAGUGUUUUAAGUUCCAGAAAUUCCACUACCUUUUGAACUCAUUUGAACAAAAACCUUGAGGAUAAAAAGUUUCCUACAGUUCAUGUUUCUUGGUACUGUCAGCAGUCAUCAGCAGUGGGAACUUAUAGGUCAGACUUUGACAGGUCAGACCUUGCCAUCCUUCCUUCUGUGCCACACCAGUCUGUGAGUGGUCCUCUGGCUUCAGCCGGGGCUGUCUGUCCCAGGAGGCUCCUUCAAUGUGAAGGAAAAAGGGAAGGACAUAGCCUUGAAUUAGCUGAUGCUUAUAUUUUGGUGCCAGAGGCUUUUCCUGGAAUUUUUAUUGUAAACCUACAAGACUGUCUCUGAGCCUUUAAGAACUGGACUGUCACCUGUCCCAGCAUAUUUUAUGUUGCAUGCCAUUUCUGUUCUGUCAGAGUUGCCUAUUGAACAGCAUCUGCUACAUGCAGUAGCAGAGCUUAUAAUAAGUGAUGAACACAUCCUUCUGUAAGAUUUGUGUAGGAGGAAAGAAAACCAGGUAUGUGUAUAUGUGUAACUUUAAAAAAUUCAAUUAAUUAUUUUUCUAAAAAGAAAUGCUUUGAGAAUCCCAUACUGAGUUGAACUCAUUGAGGUUGCCAUGCUUUCACACGAGAUCAUUACAACUGAAAUAGCAUUUUACAAAAGUGUCUGUGCAGCUUCUGCCAAACCCUACCAUCAUUCUGAUAGAAAUGCAAUACUUGGAACUAACAUGAAAUGUUUUCUUAGCAGUUCAUAUCACUUGGCAUUUUUGAGACAAUUUUCUCUUUCCCUGAUUUCCUGCACUAAGGACUGUGUGGUAUGAACUCAUUUGCCCUUGCACUGAAAAAACCCUACAGUUUAACUUUUGCAAAUAUUCCACAACUUCUUGAAAGAUGCUGAUUUUCUUCUGUUUUAUUUCUGUACCUGCAUCCUCACUUUCAGAGCACAGCUUUCUGUAUUUCGUGCUUUUUCAAUAAAAUUUUAUCUGAUCUGGUGAGUUCCUGAAA